AACCGUCCAAGCUCGUCUACCGGGAUUGACAGAUACCCCACCACUUUCGUAUCUACGGGUAAGGAUGGCUGCUGUUCCCGAUAGGCCUUCCGUGUUCAUCGAAGAAGAAUUAAACAGAAAAUGGUCGAAAUGCAUUUCAGACAGCGCGAUAAAGUUCGGCGGAGGAGUGUUGCUAGGUUCCGUGUUUUCGCUCCUGUUUUUUAAACGGAGGAGGUGGCCCGUGUUAAUAGGAGGCGGCGCGGGGCUUGGUGUCGCCUAUUCGAGAUGCGAAAAUUCUUUGAACGCGAUAAUUCAAAGCAACUGACAUCCCCGUUUAUUGUAAAUAAGUAGCAACGUUGUAAUAUAAGUGUAAACUGUU